AAAAUCAUUAAAAAUUGCAAAUUUAACAAAUGAAAAUCGCAAUAAAAAAAGCGCACAAUAUUUUUGGUUACAUUUUAGUAGAAGUUAUUCCUGGCAUCGUCCUUUACAACACCUGAUAGGUUUCAAAAAUUCCUGAAUUAUAUCCUGAAAUCGACCUAUUUUUCACCCACAGCCUGGGGUACUACUCCGAUAUUUAUUAUAUCGACGAAUAAUUUUAGGAGCCACUUGAGUAUAGUGUUAUUCCUCCAUAUUGUAGCAGUUCAUUGUUUAUCUUAUCAGGACCAGGGGCCCGUUUCACAAAACUACAAGUGUUGUUAGUAACAAUUGUUAAUAUUCAGCACUUGUAAUCACAAGUUGUUAAUAACUAGCGUUUCACAAAAAAAAUAUUUAACUUGUUCGUUACAUGUGUAAAUUUGUCAGCAACAAGUGUACUUCACGCAUGUUAGAAUGGUACUAAAAUUAUAAUUUUAAAAGAGAUUAGAGAUAAGAAAGCAAUUCUUUUCGGCAGGUUUUCCGACAAAUUAACAAAAAAAGACAAAAUAGAAUGUUGGAAAACUGCACCAAAAAUCCACCAGUUUAGGGCUUGUGCCUCCAAAUAAGGAUUGGACUUACAGCCGUGAUGUAUUUUGGCAAAAUUUAAAGAAAACAACAAUGAAGAAAGUUGAUAACAGGAGGAAAACUGGUUCAGGUGGAGGCACAGAUUCUAAAUUUACAGAAAUGGACAAUGUAGUUCUCGACAUUCUUGGGCCGGAUAAUCCAAUUCUGUGUAGUCUCGGCAUUUCCGAAACUUGGGAGCAAGAUCCUGAGAAGGAGCAAGAUCCUGAGAAGGAGCAAGAUCCUGAGAACGUUGAACAAGAAAUAGAAAAUUCAAACCAUUUGCAAGAUCACGGUGCAACAAACAAAAUUAAAAACACUAAUGUGUUUAUUUCUACUGGGAGCAGCAGUGCACCUACUGCAUCUUGUGCAAAAAGGAAAAAGUCGAAAAUAUCUAAUGAAAAUGACCCAAUUGACGAAGCACUAAUCGAUUUAAAGAAGAAAAAAUUACAACACAAAAUUGAAAUCCUUGCAAAAGAAAGUUAUCUAAAAACAUUAGAGAUUUUAAAACUAGAACAGGAACUACAUGUGACCCCUUCAAAAUUCACUGCAUCGUUCGAUUCUGCUGUAACCUACCUCAUAAAUGUAGAAGAGUCACCUACCAGUGAAAGCGUGGAAUAUUCGACCAUUGUUUGAGAAGUUAUGUUAUUGUUAUAUUUGAUUUUUUAAUUAAUUAUAAGAAAAACGUUUUGUUUAUAGGAAUUACUUCUUUGAUUUUUAAUUCAUUAUUAUGCUAAGUAUUUGUUAAAUGUUUUGGAAAUUAUUUUUUCGUUUAAAUAAAAAGUAAAUAUUGUG